AUGGUCGGUAAGGUCCUGGACCUGGGAAAAGAUGAUUCGCAGUCGGUGUACAUCGAAGCGCCCCAUCUACGUAAGGUGGAUUGGAAACGGGAUCCCGGGCUAAGAAAGCUGUACUUUUGGGCGUUUAUCCUUUGCAUUGCAUCAGCUACUACUGGAUACGAUGCUUCGAUGCUAAACAACCUACGGAUGCUUCAUCAUUUCAACGACUACUUCGGCAAUCCGAAAGGCUCGACACUCGGCCUCUUGACUGCGCUCUAUUCGAUCGGCUCUAUCAUCUCGCUACCCGUAGUCCCCUUCGUAGCUGAUCAUAUGGGUCGAAAGGCUGCAAUAGCCCUUGGUUGCAUAGUGAUGAUCAUAGGCGCUUCGAUUCAGGGCACAGCAACAGGUCUCACUCGCUUUAUGGUGGGACGAUCGAUGAUGGGUUUUGGUAACUCUCUGUCGCAGCUUUCAUCUCCAUUGCUGCUCACUGAGUUAUGUCAUCCACAGCACAGAGGUCGUGUUACCGCGACAUACAACUGUCUAUGGAACGUCGGAGCGAUAAUCUGCACCUGGCUUACCUUUGGCACAAAGCGGCUGGAUAGUAACUGGUCGUGGCGAGUGCCAGCUUUGACUCAAGCUCUCCCCUCGAUUGUUCAGCUACUAUUCAUCUUCUUCAUACCGGAGUCGCCACGCUGGCUCGUUGCUCGAGGUCGUAAUCAGGAGGCUUUGAACAUCCUUGGCAAGUACCACGCAAAUGGCGACAACACAGAUCCAACCGUCCAGUAUGAAUUCCACGAGAUUCGUGAAACGCUACAAAUCGAAUUCCAAUAUCAAACCGGUUCAUCCUACCUCGACUUCUUCCGCACACGUGGAAACAGAUAUAGGCUUCUUCUAUUGGCAUCUCUAGGUCUCUUUUCCCAAUGGUCUGGCAAUGGACUAGUGAGCUAUUAUGCGACGGAUGUAUACGCCAGCAUAGGAAUCAAGGAUGCGGAUACGCAGCUUGGCCUUAAUGGGGGGAUUACCGUCAUGUCGCUGAUCGUCUCCGUGUCUUGUUCACUGCUUGUUGACCGCGUUGGACGACGGCCCCUCUUUACCAUUGCCACAGCAUCAAUGUGUGGUUGCUUCAUUAUAUGGACCGUAGCAUCAUCGCUUCAAGAGGAGAAGCACAGUAUACCAGCCGGUCGAGCGGUCAUAGCGUUCAUCUGGAUCUUUCAGUUCUGUUACUCCGUCGCUUGGACCGGUCUGCUAGUCGCCUACACCGUCGAAAUUUUACCUUUCAGGAUCCGUGCAAAGGGCCUGAUGAUCAUGAAUGUCUUCAUACAGGUGGCUCUGACAAUCAAUCAGUACGUCAAUCCGCUUGGCUUCGAACAUCUGAAGCCCGCUUGGAAGUUGUACACGAUUUACGCCGUCUGGAUUUUUCUCGAGCUUAUCUUCGUCUACUUUAUGUACAUCGAGACGCGCGGCCCUACGCUUGAGGAAAUCGCGAAGAUCAUUGACGGCGACGAAGCUAAAGUAGUUCCCGCCGACAUCGAGCGCCUCCAUGAUCGCGUCAGCUCUCCGGGCCUAGAGAAGGAACAUACUAUUCGCUACGAAGAUAUUAAGCUUGAACAACUGUGA